AUGGCGGUGGCUAAGUGGCGUCGUUCUCGGCUGGAUGAACGCCACCGUGAUUUACAGCCGAAAUCCAUGGCGUCCGUACCUCGCUCUCCCGCAGCAAUGGACUACCACUCCCCUCCUCCAGGCAAUGAGGCAACCGCCAGAUUUGGCACUGAUCCAAGCUGUGAAGAAAGAAUCAGUCGCGAUGCCACCGUUGAUAUCGACGUGGAACUCUACAAGCUGGUCCACAAUAGUGAUAGUGACAUCGGCAUUGUAUUUGCACUUCUGAAUUCUGAUUAUGCUCUUGCUCAGAAAGAUAAUCUCAAAUCAUGA